UUCUCGUCGAUGUUUUAGUGCGCAUGCUCAGGUCAAUUUUGUGCCUAGCAACAAACAACCUAAAAUUUUAGAUAGGAUAGUGUGCAACAGAAUAAUUCACGGCAAACAUGGAGAUUGUGUAUGUUUACACCAAAAAACGGAGUGAGUUUGGCAGACAGUGUAACUUUUCCGAUAGGCCUGCAGAGUUGCAUGUUGACAUUUUGCCCGACGAGAGUCUAACAACAAAUUUUGUCGAGAAGAAUCCUGUAGACAGAGGAAUACAAUGUGUCCAAGAAAUGUCAGAGCAUGAGGUCAAUACUGAGCGAUUUGAAACUGAUACUCGCGGUAUCAAUCAUGUUGAAGGUGGUUGGCCCAAAGAUGUUAAUCCUCAGGAGGUUGAACAAGUUAUCCGGUAUAGGAAGAAGGUAGAAAAAGAUGAAAUGUACGUCAAUGCCAUUCAGCAGCUCGGAUCAAUUAUGGAACAUUGUAUCAAACAAAACAAUGCUAUUGAUAUCUAUGAAGACUACUUUGCAGAUUUGGAAAUUGAAGAAACAGAGGAAACACCAUCAGCGAAGACUAUUAAUGUAUUUAGGGACCCAAAUGAAGUAAAAAGAACAGCAACACAUUUGUCUUGGUAUCCAGAUGGUGCUAAGAAGCUUGCAGUGGCCUAUUCCAACCUUGAAUUCCAGAGAUCCUCAUCAGACACAAGCUUUGAUUCUUACAUUUGGGACAUAGAGAAUCCAAACAAGCCAGAGACAAUAUUGAAGCCAGCAUCACCAUUAGUAUGCCUUGAGUACAACCCAAAAGAUGUUCAUGUGUUGGUCGGAGGAUGCUAUAAUGGUCAAAUACCUUUCUGGGACACUAGAAAAGGUUACCAUCCAGUUGAGAUAUCACCAGUUGAAUACAGCCAUAUGGAUCCUGUCUACAAGGUGAUGUGGUUGCAGUCAAAGACGGGUACGGAGUGUUUCUCAGCGUCCACCGAUGGUCAGGUGCUAUGGUGGGACAUCAGGAAGCUCGGAGAACCAACCGAGAAAUUAAUUAUGGAUCCAUCAAGAAAAGGCAACCUUGCAAACGCUCAAGGUGUCGUUUCACUGGAAUAUGAGCCAACAAUUCCUACCAAGUUCAUGGUUGGCACAGAGGCAGGCACUAUCAUUUCCUGCAACAGGAAAGCCAAGACCCCGGCGGAGAAAAUUGUGGCUAGCUACAAGGAACACCUAGGUGCAGUGUAUGCCCUGCAAAGAAAUCCAUUCUUCCCUAAGAACUUCCUCACUGUUGGUGAUUGGACAGCAAGGAUUUGGUCAGAGGACAUCAGAGACUCUUCAAUUAUGUGGACUAAGUAUCACCAGUCUUACCUGACUGAUGGUUGCUGGAGUCCAGUUCGUCCUGCUGUGUUCUUCACCACCAAAGUCGAUGGCAGCCUAGAUGUCUGGGAUUACCUCUUCAAACAAAAUGACCCAACCCUCAGCUUACAGGUUUGCGAUGAGGAGUUGAACAGCAUUCGUGUGCAAGAUCAGGGCAAGCUGAUAGCCACCGGAUCCCACAGAGGAACUACAACGCUCUUAGAGCUCUCCAGUAGUCUUUGUACGAUGCAGAGGAAUGAGAAGGCUCUUGUGACCGCAAUGUUUGAGAGGGAAACCAAACGGGAGAAGAUAUUGGAGUCACGCCAGAGGGAACUGAAGCUGAAAAGAAAUGCUCCCAGUGCUCAAGGAGAACAAGAAAAUGAAGAUGAGGGACAUGGUGCUGAUGAUGAAGACUUGGUUGCGUUGGCCGAGCAGGAAUUCUUUACGAUCAUCAAUGCAGAGAAGAAGAAAAUGGAUGCCAAACAAGCAAAGAUUGAAGAACAGAAGAUGAUUAUUGAGGAGGAAAGUGAUCAAGAGAAGAAGGAUGGUAGUGAUGGUGAAGGAGAGAAGAAAGACUCGGAAAAUGGUGAAAAGGGAGAUGAAAACAAAGAGUGAUCUAGAUAUCUACUGGAAAGUAAACAAACAAUAACAUCAAUUUGAAGCUCAACAUCGGACUUGGGUUUGCCGAUUUCAAUCUUUACUUUUGCUGUUCAAAGGAAAAAUUAGAUUGUGGACCUAAUACACUUUACAAAAACCUUCAUUUGCUUCUGUUGACUUGGCUUUUAAGCCAAGCACCAUAGUCAAGGCUAUUGGAGAACAUAUGAUUUAUUGGUCUACCUAUUAAAGACUGUAUAUCAUAUAUACUAUUGGGGGUAUAAUACUAAAAAGAUGGAGUAGUUUGAAGAAUAUUUUAGAAUUUUUUAUUUUUUCCCCGUUUGUUUUGAUUAGUGCUGGAAAAUAUAAACCAAUGAAAAGCUUGUAUUACAUUAUUUCUAUUUAUAGAUGCAAAAUACAGAUGAACUUCUUUAAAAGUAGUUUAGGAAAUCCCUUUGUAAAUAACUGUAUAUAUUAUGAAUAUUGGUUUAUUGUUUUAAGAUUACGAUUGCUGAAACCGUCCAAGAAAAAAUUAUAUUCAAAACUCUAUAACAUGAGAAUUUCUGAUUGAAUAUGCAAUUUAGACUAUACACUUAUUUGAAUAUGCAAAUGAGAAUAUAUAAUCAUUUGAAUAUACAGGUAAGACAAUUUGGAAUAUGUAAAUAAACUGUUACGGGCAAGAGAUUUGAUUUUAAGAGAUCCUUGACAUACUGUACAUGGUUUAUUAUUCAUUUGCAUAUGCAAAUGAGUAUAAAUAUACAGAUGAAACAGUUUGGGAUAUGUAAAUGAGACUACUCUUAUGAAUAUGUAAAUAAACUGUUAAUGGCAAGAGAUUUACAUUGUUUAUUAUGUAUGAAUUUAGUCUUAAGAUCUCAAGUAUAUGUCUUUUUUCAAUAAAGGUACAUUACAUAAA